GCCAAACGGCCGUCGUCUCGCUUCGGGCCUUGCCUAAUCAUGAUUCUGCCGCCCAAACACCCCAAACACCUUCCUACUGUACCUUAACCUGCGACUAGCUGUGAUGGCCGUUUCCUGCCGUCACUGAUUCUCUACACCAUAUUCCGCUGUCGAUCCUGAGAAGCACAUCCCUCUUGAGCUCUUAAUCGGCGCCCUUGCCCGCCCAGGGCCCUCCCUCUCCUCCGCGUUUCAACGACCCGACUGGGCCAGAAACCGCAGCGAUGGCUUCAACCGCGUCUGAGACGGCCGACUCGUCCGAGUCGGUGACCGACACGCUGUCGUCUAUAGUCAGCUCCGCUCUUCGCUCUGCGGCCUCCUCUACCAUCACCGCCUCCGCUACCCUCAGUGCCUCCGACUCCCAAUCCGACUCCACCACGCCGACAUCGACAACUUCUGCGGCCACCGCAACCGCCACCAGCGAUGCCGACAGUAGUCAGGGAAUUGGAAUCGUCAGCUUCCUUACUGCGUUGGCUGUUGCCAUGAUCGUGUUUGCGGUCCAGGUUUUGCUUUUCCUCUUUCUUCGGAACAAGUUGGCUCGAAUCUUUAAACCCAAGACAUAUCUGGUCCCCGAACGCGAACGAACCGAGCCUCCGCCUAGAACAUUCGUGGGCAUGCUGAAGACGCUAUGGCUAUACAGCGAUCGCGAAAUCAUCAAAAAGUGCGGUCUGGACGCCUACUUUUUCCUUCGAUACUUGAGGACUCUCUUGGUCAUCUUCAUCCCGAUCUGCGCCAUUGUCAUGCCCAUUUUGAUUCCACUCAACUACGUUGGAGGAAGGGGUAAACAAGUCGACAUCGGAUCCGACGUGGCUAGGAAUUCUUCCCAACCAACUGGAUUAGACACUCUGGCAUGGGGAAACGUUAGCCCUACUCAAACCAAACGGUACGAUGCUCAUUUACUCAUGGCCAUUCUCGUUGUUAUUUGGGUUUGUGGUGUGUUCUUCUUUGAACUCCGAGUCUACAUCAAAGUCCGACAAGACUACCUCACCAGCGCCGAACAUCGACUUCGAGCUUCCGCCACAACCGUCCUCGUCAACUCUAUUCCCUCAAAGUGGCUCAGCGAAGAGGGCCUCAGGGGACUCUUCGAUGUGUUCCCUGGUGGUAUCAGAAAUAUCUGGCUUAACCGGGAUCUGUCUAAACUUCUCGAAAAGAUCAAGGUCCGGGAUAAGAUCCACCUGCAGCUCGAACAGGCCGAGACAGACCUGAUUAAAGCCGCAAAGAAGGCACAACUCAAGAAAAGGAAUGCCGAAGAAAAGAAGGAGCGCAAGAUGAUGAAGCUUGGUGCCCUUAGCAAGGAAGAAAAGGCUGCUCGUGAUGCUCAGGAAGAUGAGGAGGCCAAGAGGAGGGCUAACAGUGCCGAGGGCACGAAUGCUGGAGACAACCACGAUGUGCCCCAUACCGUUGAUGCCGGAGUUCGCGAGUCCCGGUAUGAAAUACUUGAGCACGACAGUGACAACCACCGUGGGAGCGAGGGGAAGCAUUCAAAGGGAUUCAAGGUACCCUUCAUUGGCGAUCCCCUUGCCAAAGUUGGUCAUGGAAUCAAGGGAGUCGUUACCAAGGCUGGUAACGGCGUCGAGGACACACUGGAGACAACAAAUGGAUUCAUGGGACUCAGCCAGUCAGACGAACGUGCCCCAUCCCGCACAUCCGACCGUUACCGACGCCCCAACACAGCGGAUGAUGGAGGCGAGCUUCCCCGUCCCUCGGCUUCGGAUACACUACGCGCCUUGAACACCCACUCUCGAAACGUCUCCAGCGACUCCACGAGCGAGAUUCGACCAAAGGACCCGUACGACCCCAUGGCUCGUGGAGGCAAUACUGUCCGAGCGCUUACGAAUAUUGACGAAAUGCUCGAAACAGAGGCUCCGAAAUGGUGGGAAUUCUGGAAGCCGCCCCCUGGUAGUUAUGCUUCCCCCAUCCCGCAGGGUGCUGCGACAGCUAUACGGAACUCGACAGAGAGCAAACCUCUCUUGCUCAAGAUUAAACAUGCCAUUCCAUUCAUGGGACCAGAGGAGGAGGUUGUCGAGUAUCCCGUAGCUCACAACCCCGACUACGAGGAAGAAAAGGAGGGUCCUGCUGAGUGGGAGAAGUAUCUUAAGAAGAAAGAUCGCCCAACUCACCGUCUCCCCUCCUUCGGAGUCUCUUGGCUCCCGGGUCUUCCUCUGAUGGGCAAGAAGGUGGACACCAUCUUCUGGUGCCGUGAAGAGCUGGCCCGCCUCAAUCUUGAGAUUGAAGAGGACCAGAAGUACCCCGAACGAUUCCCUUUGAUGAGCUCGGCCUUUGUCCAAUUCAACCACCAAGUCGCUGCCCACAUGGCUUGCCAGAGCGUCAUCCACCAUGUUCCCAAGCAAAUGGCUCCCCGAAUGAACGAGAUUUCUCCUAAAGAUGUUAUCUGGGAUAAUAUGGCCUUGACCUGGUGGCAGGAAUGGCUGCGAACUAGCAUUGUCACCGGCAUCGUUUGCGCAAUGAUCUUCCUGUGGGCCAUCCCAGUGGCUUGGACGGCGGCUCUGAGUCAAAUUGAUACCCUUAUCCAAGAAAAUGAGUGGCUAUCCUUUAUCAAAGACAACCCUGUCCUCGAGAACGCUGCCAAGGCGAUUGGUGGUGUCCUGCCAGCCAUUGUCCUCGGUCUUUUGCUCUUCCUGAUUCCUCACAUCCUCGAUUUCCUUGCUGGAGUCAAGGGAGCCAAGACUGGAUCCCAAAAGGUCGAAUUUGUCCAGCAGUUUUACUUUGCCUUUCUCUUCGUCCAGGUCUUCCUCAUCGUCUCGAUCGCGUCCUUCUUCGCAGCGUCUUUGGAUGCUCUGAUCCAGAACAUCCAGAAACUGCAGACAGCUCAAGAUGUUCUGAACCUCCUCGCGGAAAACCUGCCCAAGGCUGCCAACUACUUCUUCUCUUACAUGAUUCUGCAAGCCAUGUCGACGAGUUCUGGUACUCUUCUCCAGAUCGGCGCUCUUAUCAUGUGGUAUGUCAUUGCUCGGAUCCUCGACAGCACGGCGCGAAACAAGUGGUCCCGUAAUACCAAGCUGAACCAAGUACGAUGGGGCGCUUUCUUCCCCAUCUACACCAACUUUGCUUGUAUUGCGCUGGUCUACUGCGUCAUUGCGCCUCUGAUUUCCGUCUUUGCCAUCAUCACGUUCGGCCUUCUCUGGGUUGCUCAACGAUACGCCAUGCUAUACGUGACCAGAUUCGAGAACGAUACCGGCGGUGUUUUAUACCCCCGGGCUAUCAACCAAACCUUUACCGGAAUCUACGUCAUGGAACUUUGCAUGGCAGGAUUGUUCUUCCUCGUCGACGACGAAAAGGGCAGGAGCGCUUGCACGGCUCACGGCAUCGUCAUGAUUGUUGUCCUCCUUUUGACUAUCAUCUACCAGAUCCUGCUUAACAUGUCCUUUGCACCACUCUUCCGCUACCUACCGGUCACAUUCGAGGAUGAAGCGGUGCUCCGCGAUGAGGCGUUCCAGCGCGCACAGGAUCGUCGCCUUGGUCUUCUUGAUGACGAAGACUCGUCUGAUGACGAGUACGAAAACGGAGGCAUCAACAGAGAGAAGGUAAACCAGGUGGAUGGCACCCAACCUAUCGAGCUGGAACGGUUUGGUUCGAUCCGACGUCCAGUCAAGCAAGUCGGAGCAUGGGCCAAGGGAGGAGGUAACCAACUACGCAAGCUGGCGAUGGCCAACAAGACAAAGGACAAGAGCAAGAGAGCAUCUCAGUACCGACGCAAUCACCGCCAAAAGGAUCUAGAGGCCCAGCGCGCCAUAGGAGAAGCGCUCUACGGAGGAAUCCACGACGAAAUCGAGGACCUUACACCCGAGGAGCGAGACCUACUCACCCGCCACGCCUUCCAGCACGAGGCCCUUCGCGCCCGCCGACCAACAGUCUGGAUCCCUCGCGAUGACCUUGGCGUGAGCGAUGACGAGAUUCGCCGAACCCAGAAUUACAGCGAGCACGUCUGGAUCAGCAACGAGGGCACGGCGCUUGACAGUAAGGUGCGCGUCGUCUACGGCAAAGCUCCGCCCGACUUCUCAGAGAUCGACCUGAUCAACCUGUAAAUCAACAUUGCACGCUCGACGAAACACAAAAACACAAUGAGUGCGCAGCAUUACAAUUUUUUCUUAUUACGUAUUAUGUUUAUUGCGGACUUUUGUCCCUUGGCGCAGCUAUCACAUGCAGCUUGCGGGCAAGAUGCAGUUGCAAUAGGGGGAAGAGAAAUUCAGAUGGCAAUACCCAGAAAGGACAGCAUAGUCCUGUGUUGAGAAGGACAAGGGGGGCGGUAGUCCUAUAGAUACCAGUUUUCACUAGAAUUUACGAAUACACACGUUCAAUCAUUUCAUA